CUUUCGCUGUGAAGGUACGUCCACUCCGUUGGAAAUUCCAAGUACAAGGCGAUUUCAGCUUGUUGGACUUCAGCAAGUUCUCAAGGGGUCCAUUAAAGUUCCGUGCUCGUCCUGAAACAAGCUCCCUCGACCAUAGUGAUGAAGAAGCUGUUGAUGUGGAUAUGCCUUUGGUGGAUACAGCCUCUCCACCCCGUCAGGCUUGACUUAUUUGGCUACCAAAAUGGCUGAUGAAGGAGUUACAACAAAGCGACCAAGAAUGGACCCUAAGAGCUGUGUUAUAUGUGGGAAAGUGUCCACACUGAAUGAACUAAGUAGUCCUCAAGAUGAAGCCUCCUGGAUUACCCUACGUGAAGCUGCAGAAAUAAGAAACUUUGAACCAAUACUUAGCUUGGCACAAGAAUUCCCAAAAGCUGUAUCAAGUGUACUAUAUCACAGAAAGUGCAGGUCUAAUUUCACUCAUAAAAAGGCCCUGGAUAAGCUAAGAAACCAAGAAAGUUUGGAACUCAAAGAAGAUGAUGCCUUCAUGCCUAGGCAAUCAUCCCGACAAGGCCCUGCCCCUCAAUCUACAGUGUAUGAUAAGGUGUGCAUAUUUUGUUUGAAAACAUCAAAAUAUGUGAAACAUACAAAUACCUGGGAGCCAUUAAAACCAGCAGUUGAGCUAAGCUGAUAAAAGGAUUAGGAACUUUGCCACACAAUGUAUGGAUGAAAGAAUCCUUGCUAUCACAUCAAGAGACAUUGUUGCAGCAGAGGCACACUAUCAUAAAUCCUGUUACAAAGGCUACACUCGUACUAAACCUGAAAAGAGUGAUGACAACCAGCAGGAAGAGGAUCCUUACCAGAAAGUGGAGAAAGCAGCUAAGAAAAUGUUGAGUGAAUUUAUUCGUAAUGAUCUUUUCAAUAAACCACGAAUUCUUCCCUUUACUGAGCUCACAUCAAAGGUUAUAACCUUCAUGAACCAGAAAGGAAUAUACUAUGAAGUUACGGAUGCCACAAAGAAACAUCUACGCCGUAAACUUGAGGCUGAGUUUGGAGAGGCAUUACAUUUCUUCACCAUAUCUCGCCUGGUCUAUCUGAGACCUGACAAUUUGUCGUACGAAUCAGUCAUUAAUGAAAAUGUACUGUUAAAGAACAAACUUCAGGCAUAUACCCAAAAUGAUGACUUUGAUUGUUUAAUAGUCAAGAUUGCCCAGUUUUUACGCCAUGAAAUAAAAUGUGAAAUCCCAGAACAAACAUGGCCUCCACACCCUCAAGAACUUAGUGAAGGAUAUUUGCCCAUACCAGACAAUCUCAUGAAGUUUCUCUAUAUCUUACUUUGUGGAAAAGAACAGACGCCCACCUUGCGUGUUAAUAGGUUGUCAUGGUCUAUUGCUCUAGACAUUAUCUCUGGUGUGACUGUAUGUAAGGUGCUUACACCCAAGCAUGUCCUGCUUCCUUUGGUUGUAAAAACACUUACAGGAAAUGUUGAGCUGAUUAAAACAUUGAAGCGAUUGGGACAUUCAUGUUCAUAUUCAGUUUUAGUAGAGAUUGACACUGCACUCUGUCUUGAAAAGCUAGAGAACACCGAUAACAAUAGGCUCCCAUUACCUUCAGAUAUCCAUCCUGGUGUUCCUACAGUGCUAGCAUUUGAUAACAUUGACAGACAAGAGGAGGUACUCAGUGGAGCAGGAACUUCACAUCGUGUGAAUGGAAUAAUUGUACAGGCCAAAUCGAUGACAUGUGCCCCACCUAAACCACAAUUAUCCAUCAGCAAAAAGGACAAGAAGAGAACAAUCAGAUCCUCUGACAUACCACUUCCAGUGUAUACUGCAGGCAAAAGGAAUGGUCCAGCACCAGUAACACCAGCUGACCUUUCUGAAGUAUUAAAGGAUGCUGCUUGGAGGGCACAGCGGAGAAAUAUUCUAUUUAUAAUAGAGCGGGCACAGGACCCAACAAAUCAAACCGUAAGUUCGUGGACAGGCUUUAACAUUUUAACCAGAGACAAUAUUCCAGUUGCAUCAGACACAGUUGGGUACCUACCAACAAUAAAUGCUCCUGCAACAGAAAUGACAACUGUAUAGGAAAUCCUCCAUCAAUCCAUCACUAUUCAGUCAUCACUCCACCUAGACAGCAUAGUAGUUGUCUUGGAUCAAGCUUGGUUUGCUAAGGCAACAGAAAUUGCAUGGAAGUAUCCAGAAAAAUAUGGAAAGAUUGUAUUAAUGAUUGGGAAUUUCCACACAUGCAAUUUUAUGUCUACAAUUGGAAAAAUGUAUGGUGAUGUAGGACUACGGGAUUUAGCUGUGGAAUCUGGAGUUAUUGCUGAGGGAUCUAUUAACCCCUUCUUUACCGGGUGGGUGAGCAGAAUGUAAACAUUGCGUUCGCUGCUGAACCGAAUCUCUCGGUAGUGAAGGGUGGGCUCCAGUUUGGAGGGGUGCCGAUCGUAAAAAUAUUUGCCAAAAAUACACUAAUCAAGAAAGGCUAAUGAAAUUAUCAGGUAUUAUUAGCACUAUAAUAACGCAUAUUCUCUGAGUUUUAUCAUCCUACAUGGAAAAUAAAUGAUUUUAUGAAAAAAAAUGUGAAACUCAGUGUCCCUUGUACAAGGGACACCAGUUCCCUUGUACAAGGGACACUGGUGGUCGGUGAGAAAAGUACGGUCUUGAAUAGAAAUUCGGUCUUACGGAAUGUUGGUAUAUCCACCUGGAACAUGCACAUAAAGUAUUAUCAAAAUAGAACAUUAAAUAAGCACGUAAUAACAAAAAAAAGAGCAACAACUUCAGCGAAAGCCCCGCCAAUAAAAUAUGGAAAUCGCAAAUUUUAUAGUAUAACUCUCAAAAAUUGGUCGAUGUUGUUUUCUAUGAGUUCUAAGAUUAGUUUCAUCACAGAAAACAACUUUAUGGAUAUCUAAACUAAUUUUUCAAGUUUCCUGUCCUCAGAAAAAAUUGCUUUUUCGCUUUUUCUCUGGUUUGUUUUUUUUCGGGAAGGGGGAGGGGGGAUUUCUUUGAUUGUCCUAAAUAAUAUAAUUUUUAGAUGUUUUAGGCUAUCAAGUGAUAUAAUAACUACAAACUCUCAGAAGGUUUUGUCUCUAAAUCGAGGUUUGAAUUUUUUCUAAAUAUUUCUUCCUAGAGUUAUUAUCUCAUUUAUCUGCUGGGCUUUCGCUGAAGUUGUUGCUCUUUUUUUUUUUGUUAUUACGUGCUUAUUUACUGUUCUAUUUUGAUAAUACUUUAUGUGCAUGUUCCAGGCGGAUAUACCAAUAUUCUGUAAGACCGAAUUUUAUAGUAGUGUGUAGGUGACAGAUGAACUGCGUCUCAACAAAAAAUCACAAAACCAGACAAGCGUAAACAUGUAAUAACUUCUACCCAAGUAUAAAACCAGUUG